AUGUGCAUCCGCCUCGUGGAGAAAUACGCCGUCUGCGGCUGCACCUACCACGUGCACUCGAUCGACCCCUGCGCGAGCUACGGGCACCACGCCGUCGUCGACCGCGUCGUUAGCGUCGGGUAUUGCUGCACGUCGCACGCGAAGACGACGGCAGUGCACGCGUAG